GCCGCUGAGCUCUUAACGUGAAGCUCUACCAGAGUGCUCGACAAGCUGAGCUAACUGACAUGACACUGUGAAAAUAAAUCACUUCCCUGGGAACAAGGAGGAUUCCUGCAUAUUGUUUCUCUGGAUUUUUGUCUGCAGCUUCCUUUUGAGUAUUACAGUGGAUUUUUCAUAAUAGUUAACGAAGGAUGGAAUUCCAAAGCAGAGCUUGCUCCUAUCUGAUUCCAGAGACUGAAGACGCUCCACACAAGGUCCCUCAGGAUGCCUACGAUAUCAGAGGAAAUGAAGGCGAAAAACCAGUGUCAAAAUUACAGCGUAGGCACAGUGAAAUAAAAGUAUACAAAGAGUUUUGUGACUUUUACGCAAGAUCCAAUAUGGCAAAUGCUCUUGCAAAUGCCAUCUGUGAGCGCUGCAGAGGAGGCUUCGCACCUGCUGAGAAAAUCGUUAACAGCAAUGGUGAACUGUACCAUGAGCAGUGUUUUGUGUGUGCCCAGUGCUUUCAGCAGUUCCCUGAAGGGCUCUUCUAUGAGUUUGAAGGAAGGAAAUACUGUGAACAUGAUUUUCAGAUGCUUUUUGCCCCUUGCUGCCAUCAGUGUGGUGAGUUCAUUAUUGGUCGUGUUAUUAAAGCCAUGAACAAUAGCUGGCAUCCAGAAUGCUUCUGCUGUGAUAUUUGCCAACAAGUGCUGGCUGAUAUUGGAUUUGUCAAGAAUGCUGGCAGAAAAUGCCAACAAAUGAACCACUUCAUCUCCAGACUUCCUACAGGGUCACCUUCUGGGCAUCUUUGCCGCCCUUGUCACAACCGGGAAAAAGCAAGGGGCUUGGGGAAAUACAUUUGCCAGAAGUGCCAUGCUAUUAUUGAUGAACAGCCUCUCAUCUUCAAGAAUGAUCCUUACCAUCCAGAUCACUUCAACUGUGCCAACUGCGGGAAGGAACUUAGUGCUGAUGCCCGUGAGUUGAAGGGAGAAUUAUAUUGCUUGCCUUGCCAUGAUAAAAUGGGUGUUCCUAUCUGUGGAGCAUGUAGAAGACCAAUUGAAGGACGUGUGGUGAAUGCUAUGGGGAAACAGUGGCAUGUGGAGCAUUUUGUUUGUGCAAAGUGUGAAAAGCCAUUCCUUGGUCAUCGUCACUAUGAGAGGAAGGGCUUGGCGUAUUGUGAAACCCACUACAAUCAGCUGUUUGGCGACGUUUGUUUCCACUGUAAUCGUGUGAUUGAAGGAGAUGUUGUCUCUGCGCUGAAUAAGGCAUGGUGUGUCAACUGUUUCUCUUGUUCCACUUGCAACACUAAAUUAACACUCAAGAACAAGUUUGUUGAGUUUGAUAUGAAGCCUGUCUGCAAGAAGUGCUAUGAGAAGUUUCCCUUGGAACUGAAGAAGAGACUGAAAAAACUAGCUGAAACUUUAGGGAGGAAGUAAAGAUACCAAAAAUCUCAUUUUCUGUGCAAAAAUGAGAAGCUGUUAACAAUAUUAUUUGAUUUUAUUUCAUUUGAGGCUGCAAUCAGUCAAACACAAGCAAAGAGAAUGAAUUUCCCUGCUGCAUGAUUAGCUUCAUACUAAAGUUCUUGCCUCUUAUCUCCCUCAGAACAUAUGUCUAGAACACUCUGAUACUUUAUGUAAACUUCAUAACUAGCAAAAACUAAAUAUAUCUUAAAUUCUCUAUUUGCCAUUUGCAGUUAUAUCUGUCUGUUGCUAUGUAGCUUAUAUUCACAUACUAAAUGAGUUAUCAGUUCAUGAGAGAGACUGGUGGCUCUGUAGUUGGACUCCUAGAUAGAAUCUGGUGCCCACCCACUGAUGUUAGGUGGGGAUACUGUAUAGACAUAAGAUCUGCUAGUACUUCACUGCAAAGACUUAAAAAAUGCACAUAACUUUAUGUACAUGAAUAGUUCCUUUAAAGUUCUCAGUACUAUUUGUGUGCAUAAAAUUAAUCAUGUAUGUAAGUCUUUGAAUGACUCAGGCCUAAAUCUGUAAUUUAUCACUUUCUUGGGAACUGUUCAUUCUUUAGAUUCUGAUCAAAGUACACUUAGAAAAGCCUUACUUUUUAACUGUCUCUGAAACAACUGUCAAUCUAACUGCAACUAAUGCAGAAGGUAUAUUGCCUUAACUAGAUUAAAUUUAUUAAUCUUUGUACAUCAGACUUCAAAAGUGGAAACAGCAACAUAAGAAAUAUAUUCCUGUUGCAAAAAAUGAGCAUAUUCAGAACUACUUGAAUUUUGCUAUGUUCAGUUUAAAACAAUGCAGUAACUUCUGUGAGUGUUUUGUAUUUUAUUUCCUUUUUGUGCCUUAUUCUGCUGGACCUUAAUAAUGUUUAAAAAAUGAUCCAUUAAAUAUAUAUGCAAUUUUAUUUCAUAUUUUUUAUGCAGAAAAUGUAUGCCAGGUAUUUCAAAAGAUAACAUGCUUUAACUGUACCAGAUGUCUGAAGAAUUCUUUUUUUUCCAAAUGUGAACACUUGAGGUUUUAAAAAUACAUUACAUUGCUUCGUGGAAUAAGUAAUUUUUA